AUGUCGUCCCGCCGCCCCAUCCACAUCAACCCCAACACCACAAACCAAAGCACCAACUAUCCCGACACAACCGCCCUCACAAAGUUCCACCGCUCGCUAUCCGGCUACAAACCAACCCCACUAACCCCCCUGCCAGACCUCGCCCGCGAACUCGGCGUGCGCGCGGUGCUCGUCAAAGACGAAAGCAACCGCCUGGGCCUCCCCGCAUUCAAAGUCCUCGGCGCAUCAUGGGGUUGCUACCGCGCUGUCGCAGCACACCUAGAGUUACCGCUAACCGUCUCGCUGGAUGAAAUGGCGGCGAAGGCGCAGGCAGGAGGGGUGACACUUUUCGCAGCUACGAAGGGGAAUCAUGGCCGUGCGGUGGCGUUUAUGGCUCGGACGCUGGGGGUUGCUUGUAAGAUUUAUGUAUCUGAGUCUAUGGACCAGGGUACCCGGGGAAGGAUUAGCGAGGAGGGGGCACAGAUUACGGUAAUCAAGGGAGACUAUGACCAGGCUGUUUUGGAUGCGCUGAGGGAUUCGAAGAGCGUGCAGGGCGGGGCCGGGAUUCUGGUGCAGGAUACGGCGCUGGAUGGGUAUGAGGAGGUUCCUGGGUGGAUUGUGGAGGGGUAUGGGACUAUGAUGGGGGAGGUUGAGGAGCAGGUGUCUGAGAUGGGGAUAAGGCCGAGUGUUAUGGUCACGCCGGUUGGGGUUGGGAGUCUUGCGAAUACCGUGGCUACGUUUUGCAAGUCUAGGGAGGAGGCUAUCUCCGUUGUUGCUGUUGAGCCGGAUACGGCUGCUUGUUUACAGGAAAGUCUGCUCAAGGGUGAGUUGACGUCGAUUGAGACGACCGGCACGAUCAUGGAUGGGAUGGACUGUGGGACUGUCUCUACGACGGCGUGGCCGAAUCUGAAGAGGCUGGUGGAUGCGAGUGUCACGGUGUCUUGCUACGAGAGUCACCGGGCCGUUGAGUAUCUGGAUUCGCAGGGCAUCGGUGCAGGACCUUGUGGUGCUGCGUCGGUGGCGGCGUUGAAGCGUCUCGCAGCAGAAGGCUCUGGAUCGCUGCUCAACAAGGGCUCAGUCGUUGUGCUGUUGAGUACUGAGGGUCCUCGCGACUACCCUAUCCCGCUGGAUGUUUCUGCCGAGGGCGCCGUCCAGCUGACGAGCAUUUUGACGAAGAUUAACUCAUCCAACCCUACGCUCUCACUAGCAGACGGUGCAGGCGAGACCCAGAUUUGCAACUACCUGCAGGCCUGGUUCGCCCACCGCGGGAUUGAGUCGCACCGCGUCGAGCCCGUCCCUGGACGACCCUCUGUGGUCGGAGUGCUAAAGGGCACUGGCGGCGGAAAAUCACUAAUGUUCAACGGACACAUCGACACCGUCAGCCUAGCAAGCUAUGAAAAAGACGCACUCUCAGGCACGAUCGAUACUCGAGACGGCAAAGAGGUCGUCCUCGGCCGCGGCAGUUUGGACAUGAAGAGCGGACUCGCGACUGCCCUCGCGGCCAUGGCAUCUGCCAAAGCCAGUUGCUCUCAUCUGCACGGUGAUGUGAUAAUCGCCGCUGUUUCGGACGAGGAGGAUGCGUCACAGGGGACCCGGGAUAUACUAGCUGCCGGAUGGAGGGCAGACGCCGCUGUUAUCCCCGAGCCCACGACGGAGAUCAUUGCGCAUGCGCACAAGGGUUUCGUAUGGGUUGAAGUGGAUAUCCUUGGUGUAGCCGCUCACGGCUCUAACCAUCUUGGAGGUGUUGAUGCCAUUCUCCAUGCUGGCUGGUUCCUGCGAUCACUGGAGGAGUACGGCCAGCGACUCCCCGUUGACGACGUCCUGGGCCCGGCAACUAUGCACUGCGGCCUGAUCCAGGGCGGCGAGGAAGCAUCCUCGUACCCCGCAAAAUGCACAAUCACUGUCGAAUUCCGCACAGUCCCCGGCCAGACAGAGGAGUCGAUCGUGCGUGACAUCCGGACCUUGCUAGAGGACAUCCAGAAAGGCAACUCCAAGUUCGGAUUCGCGGAGCCUCGGGCAACAUUGUGUCGACCGGCUCACAAGAUCAGCGCCGACCAUCCUCUGAUUAACAAGGUCACUGAGUGUGCAGCAUCAGUCAUGGGCAGCCGGCCUUCAGUCGAAAGUGUGCCGUUCUGGUGUGAUGCUGCUCUGCUGAGCCAGGCUGGGAUCCCGUCUGUUGUCUUUGGGCCAUCCGGGUAUGGACUGCAUGGCAAAGAGGAGUACGUGGAAGUGGAGAGUGUGAAGCGCCUGGAGGAAACAUUUGUCAAAUUGUUUCGUGAUUUCUGUGCUUAG